AUGAAGUCUUUCGCCUUCGCCGCUGCCCUCCUGGCGUCUGCCGCCGUUGCCCAGCCUCACGGCCACAAGCACCACGAGCGCCUCGCCAAGCAGCAUGCCCAUGAGCACGACAAGCGCGAGCUCAUCGUCGAGAUCGCCACCGAGUGGGUGACUGCCACCGUCAUCAUUGGCGACGACAGCACUCAGACCAUCCCCCCCUCUGCUCUCCCGUCCAACACAGGCGGCGAGUUCUUCGAGCCCUCUACCACCACACCCGCGCCUGUCGUUGCGCCCACCACUCUGAUCCCUCAGCCUACUGUCGUCCAAGAGGCUCCUGUUGUCGCUUCGACCUCUGUCGCUGCCGCCCCUCAGGAAGCCCCUGCCUCUUCUGGAGGUGGUAGCAACAGCCACACUGCCACCGGUGACAUCACCUACUACGAUGUCGGUCCGGGCGCUUGCGGCUAUGACGACUCUGCGGACAACGACACUGGCAUGAUCGCUGCCAUCUCUGCCGACUUCUGGAAUAGCAUCAGCACGCUUACCAAUGCUGGUGUCAAUAUGCCAAGCAACCCCCUCUGCGAUAAGCCCGUCAAGCUUACUGCAAAUGGCAACUCUGUCACUGUCAUCGUCCGCGACAAGUGCCCUGGCUGCAAGAUGACCUCCAUCGACGUCAGCAAGGCUGCCUUCAAGAAGCUUUUCGGCGACCUUGGUGUUGGUCGGAGUGAGGUCACCUGGAGUCUCAGCUGGUAA